UUUAUUUUUCUACAUAAAACGAAGAAAACGAGCGUCUGAACAUGUGGAAAGCUUGGCUCAAUUUAGAGUCCAGGUACGGCACGCCCGAGUCCCUGAACGACGUGUUCCAGGAGGCGGUGAAGGCAAACUACGCACCGAAGGUAUACACGCAUAUGCUGGACAUGCAUGUGGACGCCGGUAGGCAGGCCGAGCUGGAGAAGUUGAUCGCCACUAUAACUGGCAAAUUCAAGCAAAACCCUGAGACAUGGGUGGACUGCGGUACAGCGUUCCUGAAAAUUGGACUGAAGGAGAAGUCGCGGUAUACCAUGCAAAGGAUAUUGCAAUCUUUGCCUACGUCUCAGCGUUAGUCUCAUCGUCGUCGUACGGUGACACGGCCGGCACCGGCAGCGGCAGGUACAGCGGCUCCACAUCGAGCGCCUCGUCCUCAAGGGAGCGCAACCUCGUCAAUACGUCUGCGGCGGACAUCAUCAGCAGGUAUUCGCCAGCCGGUUACGUGCCGAACAUCCGUCAUUCCGUCACCAGUAGCGGUAAUGCGCAUCACUGGAAGUAUCGUUCGACGUCGUCGAGCCUCAGCGAGUUGUUCGGUGCUCACCACCGAGCAUGCACGCGCGGACAGCUACGCCCGUCAGUUUAUUAUCUAGUCGAAGUACAUUGUCUAGUACAAGAUGGUGCUCGGUGAUCUUCUCGACCUCGCCUGUGACUUUAUGACCUAAAGUCAUGGACGAGAUCGAUUUGUUUUUGUAAAACGCAUUAAUUGCCAACUCCGACAAUUUAUUGAGGUACAAGCUCAAAACAUCCACCACCAAUAGCAUCUUCAGCCCGUGCUUGACAGCACAAGUCUUUCAAUCCCAUCGUCAGCGUCAGUUGUUUUUCUCGUUUGUUGAUAGCCGUGAUUUUAACGAGCAAUAUCUGAUUCGCACGCAACAUCUCGAACUCGCUGAUAUUCUUGUAUGAGAUGAAUCCGAAUGUGGAGUAAUCCUCGACGGGCAAGAUAACUCUCACGCCGUCCUGCGAGAUGUUCUUAAUUGUGCACGGAAUGCAAUCGACAUUAUCUUGGAUUUGCAACGUAUUCAACAUGUUUAAACCACUGUCGGAUAUAUGUUCCAGUGCGACAAUUCCGUAAAUCUUUCCUGCUUGCACCUGUACGAAGCCAAACUUCGUGUCAACUCUUGUAACCUUGACAGUGAAAAUAUCACCGACUUUAAGGUCGCUGACUGAAAAGUAUUUCUGCUGCUAAAAUUUCUUUCUCCAUUGUACAGACAUAAUGCUCCAUCCAGUUAUACGAGAUUAUCCUGCAUCUUUGCACAGAACUAUGUUUAAAGUCGGGAUUUUGUCAAAUGGCACAUCGGUUUUAUGUAGAAAAAUAAACCCGCGCAGAUUGGA